AUGGCUUCGUGGUCGAUGGGUAGCAAUGAUAGCUGUCAAAACAAGUCACCAACCCCCUUUAAAUCACCAAUCAACCGUGGUACCUUUAGCGACAAAGAUGAGUUUGCCGUGCGCAGCUUGUUAGCGCUGGGAACUGGGGCUGAGGCUGGGCCUGAACCUGUCUACGAUGCCGUUUCGGGAAUUAACACGAUACCCUAUCUACAAAAUAUGGACCACAAAGUUGAUACACCUCUUGCCAGCAGCGCCCCUAAUAAGACAACUGAAGUCUCCUGCCCAGGUGCCCAUUCGGGUUUUCUUGAUGAAAUCGUGGGAGAUUCCACUCCCGUGUUGCGUUCUUCCUCAACCCUCGAGACUGGCUUAGUUACCGAAACACAAAGGCUGAAGCUUUUGCAGCACUAUCGCUACCACGUUGCUCCUUGGCUUGAUAUCUGCGACUUGAAGCACGCUUUCGGCAUCGCGGCGCUUCAAAUGGCAGUUCACUCGGAACGACUCCUUUCUGUUUUGUUGGCUCUUUCGAAAAUCUGCAUUUACAAAAGAUCUCGAGAUUUUCAAAUGAUACAUUCCGAUGACUUUGGUGGUUCUCAUACACCUGAACUUCCUUCUGAUCGUCAAAGCCUUGCCUUACAUGCGGAUUUUACGGAAACCCUGCUUGUGAGGGUCUUUCAAGAGCUGCACUAUCUUGUCUCUGACGUCUCUCAUGCCUGGAGAAAUAUCAACGGCAGUGAUUAUGGACCAUUGCAGUCCUUAGUUGAUACUGCAUAUGGCUUGGAUAUCGAUUCCGCUGUCUAUUGGAUGUUUUUCCGUUUAGACCUAGGAAAGGCUUUAGCCAACAAUACCCCAAUUCGGAUUCAGCUCCCUUCGGUCACUAUUCCGAGUCUAUCGUUACUCUGCCGCACUGACGAUGCCCCUGAAAGAGUUGCGCAUUACACUCAGGCCCUGCUCUGGAUGUGCGGAAAAGCCCUGAUCAUUGGUCAUCGAGAAUCAAUCCCCCCACAGCGACAUCAACUGACGGAUACCUGGCUGAACGUUUUCGAAGAACUUAACCAGUGGCGUCAUUCGAGGCCGCAGGAGUUUUACCCAAUGGUGGAGCUCAAUGGGGAGGAUCCCAACCUCAACCCCGGGAGCCAGUUCCCUUUGCUGUUGUUUACAAAUGGAGCUGCAGCACUGUGCAAUCAAUUAUAUCAUACCGCGAUGCUGCUGCUACUCGAAUGUAAACCACGUACAACCCUCCUCAACAACCCUCAUUCGCCGGUCUUAUCCUCUCUAUGGCACGCUCAGCGUGUCUGUGGCAUUGCACUCAACAAUGACCGUCGUGAGUGCUGGGACCCCUGUCUACUUGCUUCUUUCUUAGUCGCCGCAAGAUACAUGACACACGAAUCGCAACAACAAGAGAUUGUAGAGGGCUUUGACCGCAUACAGGAAAUUACUGGCUGGGGUAUUGGCGAAUACCUCACACAACUACGUGAGGAGUGGUCCUUCCUUGAAGGGGGGUCGAAUGAACUCCAAGAGAUCAGAUAA